UUUCGUGGAGGUUACCUCGCUCGAAGUCCUUAGAUCACAGGUCUCGGUUCGCGCCUCUUGUGGCGAGCGUCUCCAACGGCUCCAAGUUGGAUUUCAAGGGAGUCCCAAGUUGUCUGGGGGCGCUAGGCAACUCGCCGUCAGCCCCCACGACGACGCCAACCUCCUCCAGCGAGGAGAUCACCUCGCAUCAACAGUUCAACAUAUUUCCAGCCAUCUUCAGCAGGCAGUUGAAUUUCAACGCCUGUCCACAAAAAUCCAUGAUGGAAGAUCUAAGGCCGAACCUCGUCGGCGUCGGAAAUCUCCUCGGGGUCUCAGGCCUCUUGGAUGACCAUCACGGUCAUCUGAUGAGCGAUAAAGGUACGCCAAGGAAGUGCAAUACCAGCGGCUCCUCCGCAGAAGACUUCACGGCCAUCUACGGCGGACUACCACAUUCCCAUGAUCAUCAUGCACAUACACCUGCUCACACGCCACCCGCCGCUCCGAGAACCAUCACAGAUCAUACAGGACAGAAAGACAGCAGUCAAUAUCUAAUAUAUGGGGCUUUUAAGAAGUUAAAACCAGAACCAACAACGACGGGAAGCGGUGGCAGUUUGGGAACGGUAUCACCUGGAGGACCUCAACAUGCUGGGCACACACCCACGACUGCAUCCUGUCCGACACCCGCAAGGCGAAGACACAGGACGACCUUCACGCAGGAACAGCUUGCCGAACUGGAGGCUGCAUUCGCGAAAAGCCACUACCCAGACAUCUACUGCAGAGAGGAGCUAGCUAGGAGUACCAAACUUAACGAAGCCCGAAUCCAGGUGUGGUUUCAAAAUAGAAGAGCGAAAUAUAGGAAGCAAGAAAAGCAGUUGCAGAAAGCUUUAGCGCCAUCCGUCCUGCCAGGCUGCAAUGGCGCCAUGAUGAGGAACAUUUACCCGGGGGCGGCGCGAGGAUACCAACCCUAUCCGCACCCCACUGCCAUCAAUCGUUAUCCCCAGAUGAGCUCUAGCUCUUAUCCAGGCAUGGCUCAAUCAUUCUCGAUGUCGCACGGUACAAACAUGUCAUCAGUGGCGGGAAUGCGACAAGACGCAAUGGGUAUGAGCGCUGAAGAUGAAUGGUACAACAAAAGUUUAUCAGCUCUGAGGAUGAAUUCCACGCACCAUCCGAAUUUAGCAGCACCGAUGCUCCAAUAUCAAACAUAAUAAAUAAUGCGCAAGGAGGAGAAAUAAAACAAUGUUUGAUCGGUUUCCUUUGUGCAUAAGUAAUUCAAAUCAAAAACAUAAAGAAAAAAAAACUAAAUUAAAGAAGUAUAUAUACCAAUCGAAAAAUGUUCAAAAAAAAAGUAAUUAAAAUUGUCUUCACUCGAUGUAGGAGAGCAAGUACAGAAAACGUUAUUUAAGAAUUGUGGAAAAAAAAAUAUGUAAAACAGAUCUUUAAUUCUUUCGUUUAGAUUCUGAUACAACAACGAUUUUUUGGAAAAUAUCAGCUAGGAUGGUUCGAUGAAUUGUUUAACAAAAAGAAAAACAUUUCGAACGGAAUAUUUUUUUCUUACCAAUUAAUUUUAG